AUGAAAUAUAGCCUUCGGAAAUCCUUUAGUUAUCGUCGUCGAAAAGAAAAACAUGACGAUUUAAAUUUAGUUAAACCAGUGAAAUCAAAAAGUUUUUUACAACGACAACGUCGUAGUUCAUCAUCAUCGCCACCACCACCGCAAUCAACAGCAUUACCACAUUCGUCAUCAUCAGAAAAGAUUAAAUCGAAAGUAUUUGAACCUCGAUAUGAUAUUUAUUCGAAUAAUGAUGAUGGUGAUGAUGAUGAAAAUGAUGAUCCAUUUUCAUCAUCAAAAAAAACUCGUAUACGUCCAUUAGAUCGUUUAACUAAUCAAAUACGUAAAUCAUUUCGAAAUACACUUACAAGACCACGUCCAAGACUUGAAAGUACGAAUUCAAAUAAACGUUUAAUAUUUAAUAAGAAUGAUGAAAAUUCUAUCCAACAUGCACCACUUUAUCCACAAUUAUCAACGGGUCUUACAUCACCAUUAAUAAUGUCAAAUGAAAAUGAGAAGAUAAAAACUUCAAAAAAGCAGCGAAAAGCACCAUUAGCACCUACAACACAUAUGAAUCAAUCAAUAUCUUUACCGAAUGAAAUUAAUUCAAAACAACAACAAUCUGAUUAUGAUAUAUCAUAUAAUGAUCAAAAAAUUGAAAAUAGUAAACAAAAUUUAGAAAAAACACCAUUUAAUCGAUCAAUUCGUACACGUUUUUCAUUAUUAUUAAAAAAACGUCAUGAUACUCCUCCUCCUCAACAGGAAGAAAUUCAUAAUGAAGAUUCGAAUCAAAAAUUAACAAUUGGUCAACGAUUUAAUACUUUAAGACGUUCAUUUCAUAUUGGUAAUAGAAAUCCAUCGCAAAAAGGUAAACGUUAUUUACUUUCAAAUGAAUAA